AUGGCAUUGAAUUUGACUCAACCGAAAAACAUACUUCCAACUUUGAAACGUAAAAGACCCAAAAAUAUCUCAUAUAUCAAGCAAGUGUACAAUAUUCGAUACCAAAACAAGAAGGUGCUAAAGGGGGAUAUAAGUGAAAUGCAACAACUAUUGAAACUUUUGGAUGAUAACAGUUAUGUUUCUAGGUAUCGAAUGUGCGAGGAUGGAGUAAGCGUUAGAGAUAUAUUUUGGACUCAUCCUCCUUCUGUCAAGUCGUUCAACAUGUUUCCUACUGUGCUCAUCAUUGAUUCAACGCUCAUCAUUGAUUCAACGUACAAGACCAAUAAGUACAAACUUCCACUAUUAGAGAUGGUUGGUGUUACCUCUAUUGAGAAUACCUAUUUUGUUGGAUUUACAUUUCUAGAGAGUGAAAAAAGAGAAUGUCAGUUGGGCCUUAGAGGUUUGUUGGGCAAUGUUGAAGGACCAAGAAGAGAUACUGAAAGUAAUUGUUAUCGACCACGAUACCUCUUUGAGGAAUUCGGUUGCAAAGGUAUUUCCUACUUCUUAUGCAUUACUUUGUAG